AUGAACGACAAAAAGACCACUUCUGUCACUCCGUAUAUGAGGUUUGAACCUGUUGAAUACGAUCCCCAGGUCGACCCAACCAACAUGGAUCAGUAUAAGCCAAAGAUGUACAAGGUGGAGCCUGUUUACCAAAAAGUGAAUGUGGACGAAAAGAGCGGGCACGAUACAUACAAGGAGGACGAGCUGGCGGAUGAGCCUCCUCGGUACUCCGAACUCUACGACGUCAAGGAUGACUCAGCCGGAAAACAAAGGGCUGGUCGGUUCAGAAGAGCACUUGCGGGCCUUGUUUUGCUUAUUAUUUCCUGCAUGCUCGCCUUUUCCAUGUUUGGUCCGUUCAGAUGUCCUAUGGAAACGGGCGCGGCUGUGAACAAAGGCAACAUCGCCCUCGUUGUCUACGAAAAAGCGCACUUGCCGGUGGACGACGGUCCAUCGUUCGAAGUCUACCAUUUAGAGAUGGUUGAGUUGAACUAA